UUACUAUUAAUUAAUUAAUUAAUUCUGUGAUAGCUGAUGAGAAGGAAGAUUGGGAUUGGGCUGGGCCUGACAGAAACCAGACCAAAAGCAAGUGAAGCUUCUCGCUCAAAAAUCACUAAUAAAUCCAUUAACGACCUUCGAGAAACAUGGGACAGUUUUGGACUGUUGUAGGAAAAGUCGUCUCUCUUUACUUUCCCGGUCCUAUCCGGAAAGACUAAAAGCAGUGUGGCUCUCAACAGUCAACGCGAUUGCCGUGUUGAAAGAGGGCAGAUUAGCUCCUCCAAUACAGGUCAGAAAAUCAGGGAACUCCCAAAUUUUCUUUGGGGAUUUAGGAUUUACAAUCACUUCUUAUACAAAGUUCAUCUGAUUCCAAGAUGUCAUCUCUAGCUGUUGUUCGGAAUCCACUGCUCAUCCUCCUAACUAGUUUCUUCCUUCUUGCAGCAGCUCAACAAGGUCUCCGCAAUGUCAGCGUGGGCGAUUUUCUCAAUGCCGAUGAUCGAAACGAUACAUGGAAAUCACCAUCCGGUGAUUUUGAACUUGGGUUUCGCCGUGCUCCAGACCAACAAGAUCGAUUCCUCCUUGCCAUCUGGUUCGCCAACAUACCCAAUAAAACCAUAGUUUGGUCUGCAAAUGGAGACAACCCUGUAGAGAUGGGAUCCAGAGUUGAGCUUUCCUCCAAUGGUCUAGUGCUCGCAGCUCCUUCUGGCAAGGAGCUUUGGUGGUCUAACAGCACCCAAGAUGGCACUGGAGGGGUAUCCCAUGCAGCCAUGCUGGAUACCGGAAACUUUGUCAUCACAAGCAGGAAUUCAAACAACAUAUGGGAGAGCUUCCAAAAUCCAACAGACACAAUCUUGCCAGGACAAGAACUAGGCCUAGACAGCAUCCUUUCAUCAGCCAUCUCCGGAACAAGUUACAAGAAGGGAAGAUUUCAGCUCCGUUUCACCUCCGAAGCUCUAGUCCUCAAUCAGAUAGAUGCCGUCACCGGAAAACCUUUCAAAUUUUACUUAAACAUCACAGAUGGUUCCAGGUUGAUCUUCAACGAAUCCGGGUAUAUCCUGAUCCAGAAAUCAAGUGGAAGUUUUGUUCCACUUGCGCCAGAAAAUACAGUCCCAAAACAGGACUCAUACUACAGGGCAACACUUGGUUUUGAUGGAGUUUUCACCCUGUAUUCUCACUCUAGGACCUCGUAUGGAGAUGCAACCUGGGCAUCUUGGUGGUAUAGGCCUAAGGAUAUCUGCUCCAGCUUUGUGAGUCAAGAUCCUCCACUGGGAAGUGGGCCUUGUGGGUACAACAGCAUCUGUCAACCUGUCCAGGAUGGGAGGGCGACGUGUUCGUGCCCACGCGGGUUUUCUGUACUGGAUGGUAAGAAUCCACUUUUUGGAUGCAAGCCCAACUACCAAAGCAAGCCAGAAGACUGUAACGAGGAAGGCUCUACUAUUGCGGAGGAUCGUUUUGUGUUCAACACAAUGCAAUUUGCAGAUUGGCCCUUUAGUGACUACGAGCUCCUGGAGCAUGUAAAUGAGACAGAAUGCACUAGGACUUGCCUUAUUGACUGUAAUUGCGCAGUAGCCAUCCUGCAGGCUCCGGAGUUGAACAAUGGUACCGGACGCUGCUGGAAGAAGAAACUGCCGCUUUCAAAUGGGCGGUUCAAUCAAGAUCAAAUUGACAGAAAGGUAUUUAUCAAGGUACUGAAAUCAGAUGAAUCUCCGGUGACCCCUCCCAAUCCAAAUCCAGGUGAAAAAAAGCAGAAUCAAGUCGUUCUCAUUCUGUCGGUCCUCUUAGGCACAUCAGCAUUUUUCAACAUUUCUACUUUGGCUGCGAUUUCCCUGUUUCUGUUCUGUUUCUAUCAAAGAAAGCUUAAGGAUCUCAACAGAAUCCACAGGAAAGGAGAGAUUGAGACGAAUCUGCGUUGCUUCACAUACAAAGAACUUGAAGAUGCCACAAAAGGAUUCAAGGAAGAACUGGGAAAGGGUGCCUUUGGAACUGUUUAUAAAGGAGAACUGUCCAAGAAUUCUGUUGCCGUGAAGAAACUAGAAAAGUUUUUUCAGGAAGGGGAGAAGGAGUUCAGGACGGAGGUGAAUGUAAUUGGACAUACUCACCACCGGAAUCUGGUGAGAUUGUUUGGAUACUGCGAUGAGGAUGAGAACCGGCUUCUUGUGUAUGAGUUGAUGCAAAACGGAUCUCUAGCGAGCUUCCUAUUUGGAGUUCUGAGGCCUAGUUGGAAACAGAGAUUGCAGAUUGCAUCCGGAAUUGCCAGAGGAUUAACAUAUCUGCAUGAAGAAUGCAGCACUCAGAUCAUUCACUGUGACAUAAAGCCUCAGAACAUUCUCCUGGAUGACUCUUUCAUAGCAAAAAUCUCGGAUUUUGGAAUGGCAAAACUUUUGUUUAACAACAAGAGCCAUACCCUGACAGGCAUUAGGGGGACUAAAGGGUAUGUGGCGCCAGAGUGGUUCAGAAACACCCCUGUCACGGUGAAGGUAGAUGUGUAUAGCUUCGGAGUUCUGUUGCUGGAGAUCAUUUGUUGCAGAAGAUGUGUUGAGCUUGAGAUGGAGGAGGCAGCAAUCCUGACAGAAUGGGCAUAUGAUUGCUACAGUGGAGGGAAUCUGGGGAAGUUGGUGGAAAAUGAUGAAGAAGCAAGAAAUGAUAUGGGGCGGGUGGAGAUGCUGGUGAAGGUGGCAAUGUGGUGUGUGCAAGAUGAGCCAUCACAAAGGCCUAAAAUGAGAACGGUUACGAUGAUGCUUGAAGGUGCUCUCUUGGUCCCUGCUCCUCCAUCUCCUUUCCUAUAUAGUUUCAAGCGUCAAGAUUCAUCCAACACAAACUCCGAUUUCCUAUGAAUGAAAAUUAUAAAUAAUAUGUUGGAAAGUGAUUCCUAAUUUUUAGCCAUUAUCUCUAUUAUUUAAGAAGUUUAGGAUUGGUUACUGGUUUUUCCUAGAAUUAAGCACUACUAGGUUGUUGAUUAGUGCUUUUAUUAUUUAGGUUAAUGGAUAUUUGUUUACUUUAAGUAGGAUUAUUGUAAAGCCUAUUUAUGGCUUAUUUCCUUUGGGAUAAUUAGGCAGAAACUUCAUUUUUUCAAUAUCAUCGUUGUAUCUCAUCUUAAGUUCCUGUUUCAAUUCAAUAGAUUAAUUCCCCAUAAUCUUCAGAGUUCUUCUUGGAUUCUGUAACAUAUUAAAGGUAGUUCUUUUAUCAGUAUAUACCUACAUGUGACUUCCAAAUAAAGGUAGCACUUCUGG